AUGGGUUCAAGAACCGUGGAUUGCUUCGAGAAACCGGAGCUUAUCGGUGAAGGAACUUAUGGUCAGGUUUACAGGGCGAAAGAGAUUGAAACAGGGGAAAUCGUGGCACUGAAGAAAAUCCGUAUGGAUAGUGAAAAGGAAGGUUUUCCCAUCACAGCCAUCAGGGAAAUCAAGAUCCUGAAGGAACUGAAUCAUGAUAACAUCAUCAAGUUGAAAGAGAUGGUUAUAUCUCCAGGCCCUGAUAAUGGGAUUUACAUGGUGUUUGAAUACAUGGAUCACGAUUUGACCGGACUCCUUGAUCGGCCCGGAAUCAGAUUCUCUGUUCCGCAGGUUAAGUGUUACAUGAGACAGCUCCUGACAGGGGUUCACUACUGUCACGCGAAUCGGGUGCUUCACCGCGAUAUCAAGAGUUCUAAUCUCCUGAUAGAUAACAAUGGGAACCUGAAGCUCGCUGAUUUUGGUCUCUCCAGGCGGUAUUUGAAUGAUGUCAACGCGAAUCUCACGAAUCGUGUUGUUACAUUAUGGUACAGGGCACCUGAAUUGCUGCUCGGAGCCACAAAGUACGGUCCGGCUAUAGAUAUGUGGUCUGUUGGUUGUGUCUUUGCUGAGCUUCUAAUGGGAAAGACAAUCUUUCCGGGGAAAGAUGAGCCACAGCAGUUGAAUUUGAUUUUCGGGUUGUGUGGUUCUCCUGAUGAGAAAAACUGGCCUGGAGUAUCAAAGCUGCCAGGAUAUAACACAUUCAAACCUGAAAAACCAUUGGAGAGACGUGUGAGGGAGACUUUCUGGUGCGUUGACAAACACGCUUUGGAGUUGCUUGAUCGGAUGCUAACGCUCGAUCCAGCUAAGAGAAUAUCCGCCAGAGAUGCGCUUGACGCCGAGUACUUCUGGGCUGAUCCAUUGCCCUGUGAUCCCAGGAGUUUGCCGAAAUAUGAAUCUUCACAUGAAUUUGACACAAAGAGAAAGCGCCAGCAACAGCGUUUACAGGAUGACGCAGCUAAGCGCCAGAGAUUACAGCAUACAUCGCAGCAUAAUCGCCUCCUACCUCCUCCUCAGCAUUCAGGGCAAGGAUAUCCUCAGAUGCGGCCUGGACCUUUUAGACACCCUCAGGAUGGAAAUCCUUAUGGCAGAUACAACCAUCAAAAUCAGGCCCAAGGUGGCGGUGGUGGUGGUCGUUACGCCAAUGUUCCAUACCCACCUCCUCCACUUAGGGGGCCACCCCGUGGUCCAAGUAGAUUUUCAGGUGUAGAUCCCAGGGGAGGUGGCGGUUAUGGCGCUGGUGGCCCUAAUUAUCAACAUGGAGAUCAGUAUGGUGCUCCUGGCACAAGGCGUGGCUCGAAUACCAUGUCUAGAGACCAAAACCAACAGUAUAAUAGGCAGCAUUGA